AUGCAGCCGACGAGAUGUCUACUUAAACGAUCUGUUUGGAAAGGGCCGCACAUUGUCCCUCUGCCCAUCGUGCGGCCCGAGCCAGGGAAGAAGGUCGCCCCGAUCCGGACUCAGGCUCGUUCCGCCACGAUCCUGCCCAGUUUCGUCGGUCUCAAGUUCCAGGUGCACAACGGCAAGGUCUACCACGACGUGACCAUUACCGAGGAGAUGGUGGGCCAUAAGCUGGGCGAAUUCUCUCCGACACGGAAGCCGUUCAUUUGGGGCAGGAAAUAGAGGCGUGGGAGGAUAGACUUUCUAAGAUACCCAAAUUACAAGGGCCUCCUGAAGAGGGAUCUGUGCAUAUAUGUAACAACAUUUGUAACACUUAAGACGCUGCGAAGGGUGCGUGCGUGGCUAAGCCAUGCCAGCUAUGCUACCAUACUGCUUGUUGUUGACUUGCGGUGAUAGCCGGCGAACACGGAUCCCGCUCACGGCUAUGGACACUCGAAGUUCACGCUUGAUGUUUCGAGGAGCGGAACUGGCUGGGACACCAACUGAUAAAUAAACUAACGUUGAUCACGUAUACAAGCCCUCGCC